UGUUCCAUGUGGCGUUGACAAUUCUGUCAAUCGUGACAUACAAAUACAAAAGUGAGGUUAAAGCUAAACAUUUCAGCAAAAGGAUUAACAGAAAACGAACAAAUAAAAACCUACAAAACAGCGCUGGAUGCAUCAGUAAAACUCACUUAAAACAUGUGAACUUGUUCAAUACAUGUACAAAAUGUUGAAAAUUCGCAAUUUUUUGGGAAGAUCUUCCCAACUUCGCAGUUUCACAUCCCAAUCCAAGCCACAGUUGAAUGAGAUCUCACUCCUUGGCCAAAAUUUCGCCAGAGACGAUUACACGAACAUCACUGAUAAGAUAUGCUCAUACUUAGGAAUGAACAUUUACCUGGAUCAGAACCAUCCAUUGAGUUUGGUGAGACAACGCAUUGUGAACUAUGUCUACAAAACCUUCACAAAAUCUAGAGGCAAUCCUGUGUUUUCAGUGUUUGAUCGCUUAUCUCCUGUAGUGAGUACGAACCAGAACUUUGACAGCCUGUUGAUACCAAAAGAUCAUCCAUCGCGAUCAAAAAGUGACUGCUACUAUGUCAAUAGAGACUAUUUGCUGAGAGCACAUAUGACAGCACAUCAGAAUGAGUUGCUUCGGGCUGGCCUCAACAAUUUUCUUAUGAUUGGAGAUGUCUACCGUAGGGAUGAAAUUGAUAGAACACAUUUCCCAGUAUUUCACCAAAUAGACGCUGUAAGACUUAAAACCAAAGAUGAGCUGUUUGAAACCAAAGCUUUGUCAAUUUUUGAGGAGGGUGCUAAUGAAGCUUUUACAAGUGAUCAGGGAAAACAGGCUUGCCAUUCUCUAGAAGCAGUUAAACUGAUGGAAUAUGAAUUGAAAGAGACCCUUGUAGGUCUAGCCAAAACUCUGUUUGGAGAUGAAAUUCAGUAUCGUUGGGUAGAUGUUUAUUUUCCUUUCACUCAGCCGUCGUGGGAAUUGGAGGUUCAUUAUGACAACAACUGGAUGGAAAUAUUAGGUUGUGGAAUAAUGCAACAACGAAUCCUUUCCAAUGCUGGAGUAACAGAAAAAAUUGGAUGGGCUUUUGGAUUAGGCUUGGAACGCAUUGCAAUGUGCCUGUACCAAAUACCUGACAUCCGCCUAUUUUGGUCAAAGGACACUGGCUUUUUGAAUCAGUUCAAGACAGCAGAUAUCAACUCCAAAAUAACCUACAUCCCUGUAAGCCAAUAUCCUCAAUGCAAAAACGACUUGAGUUUUUGGUUACCAGAAAAUGGAGAUUUUUCAAGCAACGAUUUCUAUGACAUAGCCCGAAGUGUUGGUGAAGAUUUAGUGGAGCAGAUUGAACUAGUGGACGAUUUUAAACAUCCAAAGACUGGUAAAAGAAGUCAUUGUUAUAGGAUCACUUACAGACACAUGGAAAAGACUUUAACACAAGCUGACGUAAAUUUGGUUCAUAAGAAGAUAGAGGAAGCUGUAAAAAAUGUUGGCGCGGUUGUAAGAUAGUAGAAUAAAGUAAUUUUAUUUAUUUUGUAAAUUUUUUUGUCAAAUAUAUUUUAUAAAUUGCAUA